AUGAACGUCCCACCGACAUUUGCUGGCAACUUUGCCAACAGAAUCAGAAGAAAGUUGACGGUUGAGUCAGGUUGCGAGCAAAAGAACAUUCAGGUCAAAUCUGCUAGCACCAAGUCGCCCCUUGGAAAGCAGAAACCAUCUUUCAUGAUGGUAACUGGUCGAACUGCAGUGGUACGUAUGAGGACCUGCUAUACCGUCUCUGCUGGGCAGCCUAUCGGCCUGCUAGCCCCCGCACUUAUCCAAAAAUGCCAUGUACGAAACCACUGCGGAACGAAUAUUCGAUUCGACAUGGUUACUGGUGAUAUGGAACAGGAAAUCCCGCGCACUACGAAAUGGAUGAUUUGGUGGCUACGACCCGGCGUUGCGAGCAUGAUUUUCCGAUCCAAGACGGUGAUGCAUGAAGAACCUCUACGUGAUGCUACAAGAACGACAAAUGGCGUAGAGUCCUUCCAUCGCAACAUUUCUCGUUUUGUCCAGCAAUCCGAACCAAUUUUUCUCUACGUUACCACAACUUUUCAACUAUUUGCGCAACGAAGAGAGUGA